UCCCUCCUCCCUUCCCCCGUCUGGGUCGAUGGCUCGCCUCCUCUUCCCCCUCCCAAUCGCCGCCGCCGCCUCCUCCAUCCACCUCGCCGCCGCCCGCUUCCGUCACCCACUCGUCUCCGUCGCGCGGCGCGAGGCGCUCUUCGGCGGCAGAGCAGGGGUGCGGGCGCCGGCGAGGCUGGCAACGAGGGGAGUGAGCGCUGGCGGGUCGGCAGCGCGGGCGGGCACGGUGAUCGGCCCCGAGGAGGCGCUGGAGUGGGUCAAGAGCGACCGCAGGCGCCUGCUCCACGUCGUCUACCGCGUCGGCGACCUCGACAAGACCAUCAAGUUCUACACCGAGUGCUUGGGGAUGAAGCUGCUGCGGAAGAGGGACAUCCCGGAGGAGAGGUACACCAACGCCUUCCUAGGGUACGGACCAGAGGACUCGCAUUUCGUUGUGGAGCUCACCUACAAUUACGGCGUGGAGAGUUAUGACAUCGGGUCUGGUUUCGGUCAUUUUGGAAUCGCUGUUGAGGAUGUCGAGAAAACAGUUGAACUUAUUAAAGCUAAGGGAGGAACAGUAACAAGGGAACCAGGUCCGGUAAAAGGUGGAAAAUCAGUCAUUGCCUUCAUUGAAGAUCCCGAUGGUUACAAAUUUGAGCUUAUAGAAAGAGGUCCCACACCUGAGCCUUUAUGCCAAGUAAUGCUUCGAGUGGGAGAUCUAGACCGUGCUAUAAAUUUUUAUGAGAAGGCAUUUGGUAUGGAACUUCUUCGCAAGAAAGACAAUCCUCAAUACAAGUAUACCAUUGCUAUGAUGGGAUAUGGUCCUGAAGACAAAAAUGCUGUACUAGAGCUGACAUACAAUUAUGGUGUCAAGGAAUAUGACAAAGGAAAUGCUUAUGCGCAGAUUGCUAUUGGUACCGAUGAUGUCUACAAGACUGCAGAAGUCGUUAGACAAAAUGGUGGACAAAUAACUCGUGAACCUGGUCCAUUACCUGGCAUUAGUACCAAGAUAACUGCAUGCACAGAUCCAGAUGGCUGGAAAUCAGUAUUCGUCGACAAUUUAGAUUUUCUCAAGGAACUGGAAGAAUGAGUUUUGCGGAGCAUGUCAUUUUGGUACAGAUUUCACAGGGCUUUUACCUCGAGCUGCAAGCACCCCUCCUGAAAUUUUGUAAAAGCCUCAAAAUGAGGUUUGUAGAUAGGCUGUGGUCCAGUCGACUGUGUCAUAGAGAAUUAGGUUAACUACUUCGUUUUGCAAUGUAGAUGAGCGGUCGUUUUGUUAGCAAAGUUAAAUUAUAUGUGCAUUUUUCUUCUGCAAAGCCCAAAAACAUUCCCAAGUGUACCUGUUCUCCAGUUCAGAUUAUAUGCGCUAAUCUUUCUCUA